AUGCACAAAGAGGGGUCGAUGUACUUCAGCAGCACAAAGUGGUUCCCGGUCAGAAUCUUCAACACGUCGUGGAAGCAUAUGUCCGGGAAAAGGAUGGAGGUUGCAGACCUCUGGAGCGAGAGGCUGUGCGCCAAGGCCCUUGUCCACCUCUGCAUGUGCGAGAGCUUCGAGCUCCUGAGCCUCCCUCCUUGCGUCACACGGCAGACGAAGGUGGAGGACGGAGGCGGAGGCCUGCUGCACCCCCCUCGCCACGUGGCUUCCGAAGGAUCGCGUGGGGAUCAGCAUCUACGUCGACAGGGAGAGGCGGACCUUUGUCGGCAUAAGGGGGCGCCUGAUGCCUCGGACGAGGCGAUGCAGGGCAACGUGAUGCCGCCGGGCACGCUCGUCCUCGCCCACUUCCUCGAGGACAGGGCGCCGAUCAACAGGCACGAGCCGCGGGUGCUGACCUACGACAUCGUGAUGCACCGCGGGGUGAGCGUGGAGGGCUUGCCCCCGCAGAAGAGGUACUCCAUCCUCCUCGAGAUGUUCAAGAAUCAGAGGGGUAUGAUCACCCUGCAGUGGAGCUGA